UCCACUCCACCCUUAAACCACGUUCUGGAGAGGCGCUGGACCUGGCCGACAACCCAAGCCCAUAAAGAACAAAUUGCGCCGAUUCCAUAGCCAAGCCCCUGCAGAAUCAGACCAUAUAUAGGACCCGGUCGCCCUGACCAGCACAUUGAAGUUUCCACUAGGACUACAGAAACUUUAUCGGAUUCUCUGCAACCCAGACGUAAAAAAGAAACAUGACCUGCGGAUCAGGCUUCGGCGGCCGCGUCUUCAGCUGCGUCUCAGCCUGCGGGCCCCGGCCCGGCCGCUGCUGCAUCUCCGCCGCCCCCUACCGCGGCAUCUCCUGCUACCGCGGCCUCCCCGGGGCCUUUGGCAGCCACAGCGUCUGCGGGGGCUUCCGCGCUGGCUCCUGCGGUCGCAGCUUCGGGUACCGCUCAGGCGGCGUGUGCGGGCCUAGCCCACCCUGCAUCACCACCGUGUCGGUCAACGAGACCCUCCUCACGCCCCUCAACCUGGAGAUUGACCCCAACGCCCAGUGCGUCAAGCACGAGGAGAAGGAGCAGAUCAAGUGCCUCAACAGCAGGUUUGCCGCCUUCAUCGACAAGGUGCGCUUCCUGGAGCAGCAGAACAAGCUGCUGGAGACCAAGUGGCAGUUCUACCAGAACCGCCAGUGCUGCGAGAGCAACCUGGAGCCGCUGUUCGAGGGCUACGUGGAGACGCUGAGGCGGGAGGCCGAGUGUGUGGAGGCCGACAGUGGGAGGUUGGCAGCGGAGCUCAACCACGUGCAGGAGGUGCUGGAGGGCUACAAGAAGAAGUAUGAGGAAGAAGUUUCCCUGAGAGCAACAGCUGAGAAUGAGUUUGUGGCUCUGAAGAAGGACGUGGACUGUGCCUACCUUCGCAAGUCAGACUUGGAGGCCAACGUGGAGGCCCUGACCCAGGAGAUCGACUUCCUGAGGCGGCUGUAUGAGGAGGAGAUCCGCGUUCUCCACGCCCACAUCUCAGACACCUCGGUGGUUGUCAAGAUGGACAACAGCCGAGACCUGAACAUGGACUGCAUCAUUGCCGAGAUUAAGGCCCAGUAUGAUGACAUUGCCAGCCGUAGCCGGGCCGAGGCCGAGUCCUGGUACCGCAGCAAGUGUGAGGAGAUGAAGGCCACGGUGAUCAGGCACGGGGAGACCCUGCGCCGCACCAAGGAGGAGAUCAACGAGCUGAACCGCAUGAUCCAGAGGCUGACGGCCGAGGUGGAGAAUGCCAAGUGCCAGAACUCCAAGCUGGAGGCUGCCGUGACCCAGUCUGAGCAGCAGGGCGAGGCAGCCCUCAGUGACGCCCGCUGUAAGCUGGCUGAGCUGGAGAGCGCCCUGCAGAAGGCCAAGCAGGACAUGGCCUGCCUGCUCAAGGAGUACCAGGAGGUGAUGAACUCCAAGCUGGGCCUGGACAUCGAGAUCGCCACCUACAGGCGCCUGCUGGAGGGCGAGGAGCAGAGACUGUGUGAAGGCGUUGGGGCUGUGAAUGUCUGUGUCAGCAGCUCCCGGGGCGGGGUCGUGUGCGGAGACCUGUGCGUGUCUGGCUCCCGGCCCGUGACAGGCAGUGUAUGCAGCGCCCCCUGCACCGGGAACCUGGCGGUGAGCACCGGGAUGUGCGCGCCUUGCAAUUCAGUCAGGUCUUGUGGCCUGGGUACCUGCGGAGUGGGGUCUUGCGGCGUCAGUUCCUUAGGCAUGGGUUCCUGCAGCAGCAGCUGCAGGAAAUGUUAAGCCCCCAAGUCCAGCCCUGCCCAUCUCACCCCCUACCCCAGGCCAGGUGCCUGGAGCAAGCGCUCAGCCCCUUCUCCUGCACUGUGAAAGGUCUCUCCUGCUCCUGGCCUCUCGUUUCCCCAUGUGACCCUCUACUCCUUGAUUCCAAAGCCCCAGACUGGGAUAGGCUACCCAAGAAAGGAAUUCCCUUGGAGCUCCCAGAAAGGGGGCUCAGAGGCAGAGAGGACCAGCACCUUAC